CGAUCGCCUCGAGUGCCCCGACCCGGACAUACUCCACGCUAUGUCGCGUGAGCUAGAGGUCAUAUGACGUCAAGACAUCGCUCGCGUGAUUGCGACACGUUUGAUCGAGGUUGGCACGCUGUCGCAACUGAAUGAUGCUUGCAAGCCUUGAUCCCGGCCAUACCGACAUCAGCUCAAACAGACUGCUCUUUCUCUCCGUGCUCGAGACGAUGUAAUGCCGUCAUUCACGUAUUCGUCUCUUGGUGGCUGGACGGUUCUAUUAAGAUUGCGGGCAAGCCCUAACUUCGAAUACUUCUCCUCUUUUUUCACUCGGCAGAGAACCCUACUCGGCUGCCCCACCAACCUCGAAACGAGCUUUCCUGUACCAUCUCUCCACGAUAAUUACAGCGCGAAACCUUGUUUGCAGAGGAUCUCAAGAUUCGCGACUAAUAUAUGUUUGAGACUCACGAUGCUGGUAAGCCCUAUUGUCAGCCUUUCAGAACAGGCCGAGACCGGAAACACGCAACAACCCUACCCAUCCAGCGUCCCCAUUAGUUCAUGCUGCCUGAAUCCUCAACAAAUGACGCUAGACCUCGUGCCGAGCUGUUGAUCGGCAAAGAGCUCGAGCCGCGAACUUUUUUUGUGAGGAUUGUUGCUUGCGCCACCUGAGCGGGGUUCAUACUUGUUAGAAAGGUGCU